AUGGCGCGCGAAACGCCUAAUAUGAGCGCUGUCAAGCGUUGGAGCUUCCGGAUCAUCCCUUUUUUUAUAUUCGGUACCUUUGGCGUUGCAUCGUACGCCGUUGCCGGCCACAUUUGCGUGCAAUAUAUAUACCGGUACCAAGGAAAACCGGGUCUUGCCGCUGGCCUCAUGGUGCUCUAUUUUCUAUUCUUAAUUCUCACAAUAGUCUCUUAUGGCCGAGUCUUCUUCACAAUCCAGUUCGACCCUGGACUCGUCCCCCUUACAAACGAUCGAGGUCACGAUGCCACCGACGUCCCCGAGAAGCGACGCCGCUACCGAUCGAGGCGCCAUAUGGAUCCAGAAGAACCCCCCUGGAUCCCGCCUGAUUUAAGCCCAGACAGCCCUGGACUCGAGGCCUUUUAUAGCAAGGAUGUCUUUGUGUGCGAGGCAGAUGGUCGGCCCAAGUGGUGUUCACAUUGUCGGCAGUGGAAGCCGGAUCGAGCACACCACUCUCGUGAACUGGGUCGCUGCGUCAAAAAGAUGGAUCAUCUGUGCCCCUGGGUAGGCGGCAUGGUAUCAGAAACCUCAUUCAACUUUUUUACGCAAUUCGUUUUUUAUACUUUUUGUCUGUGCAGCUUAUGUCUCGGAAUCGCCGUUUACUGCCUGACCCAACAACUCAAAUCAGAUAACAUUUCUGUCGACGGUUGGGUCAUUGCGGCCAUUGCCGUGUCGGCCUUCUUCGGCCUCUUUGCCUUGGGCAUGACCCUCACAGCCGGACGCUUCAUCUUCACCAACAUCACCAAUAUUGACGUGCUGCGAAGGAGACAAGCGUUCAACUUGGCCGUUCUAAUUCCCCGAGGCGCCGCUCCAUCGACCAAAUACCAAACAAUAACAUACCCACUCCUCCCGGGCCCGUCAGGGUCAGCCAUGCUCAGACAAGCAGACGGCGCUGUGGGGUCCAUCUCUGCUCGAGAUCAAGGCGCGUUCCGUACCUUUGCCAUUGUGAGGACGGAGUCGCACGAAAACCCAUGGGAUCUUGGGUUCUGGGAGAACUGGAAGUCCGUCAUGGGCAACAACCCGCUCGAGUGGAUACUGCCCAUUAAACAUUCCCCGUGCUGCAAUCACGAUGACAUGCGUAGCGACUAUGCGCUCGGCCCGUUACUGGACGACCUCAAGAAGCGCUACGACUUGCCUGAUGAGACAACAAAGACGUACGCCCCCAGCGUAUAG